AUGCCAGUACCACAAUCCCGAUCACCAGUGCUUUUGGCGCCUCCUCCGAAAGUCAAACCUCCCCGAUCACCACUUCGAAUCCAGCCGACGCCGUUCAAGCCCCAGAAAUCCUUCCUUAUCCUCGAUAGCGGGCCUCUCGACACUGACGAGAUGGCACCCGUCACGUCCGACCCACCACCACCACCACCGAGGGAACAAGCCUCGUCACCCUCCACAUCCUCUCUCUCUUCUUCAUACUCAGCAUCGUCUGUGUCCAUCCUCUCAUCCGCGACAUCCGUCGAAGGCGGUCGGAUACCCAGCCGAAACAACAGCAACGACGAGUCGCGACCACAUCGCGAUCGAGCGUCAUCCAAGUCAAGUCGGGAGACACUGGACCUUGCGUCUGCGACACUCGUGUUGGAGGAGGUGGAACAGUGGUUGGAGUACAUCAACAAGCGAAUGGGGCAGUUGGAGCGGAGGCACAGGAAGCGGUUGGAUUCGUUCUCGAAUCAAGCGACGCCUAUAGCUACUACUAGAAAGCUUUGA